CAAAAAAUCGAUCUCCGGUCACCGAGUUGCGUCACAAAUCAAGAUAAUUCAGUGCACUCUUUAUUAAAAAGUAAAGUAAAUCGGAAAACAGCGUGUUCCGGCUAAUAACUAACAAAGAGAUUGUUUCAACGACACGUACAAAUGAGGUUCCGGCAGAGGCAAGUGUGUUUUAGGUGGCCGCUAAGAUAAUCAGUCCGAUGUCCCUAAAAUCGGUAGAGCAAAUUUGGGCCAGUGAAAUCAAAAGUUCUCUUCAAAAGGAAUAACGUAAAACACAGAUCACGAUAGCGCUUCACGGCGCAAAUUCGUGAUGACUCUCAAGCUAGCUAUGAAUGGCUCUCUCGCGCUACGAAAGUUGAAUAGAUAUCUGCGAAAAAAUGUAAAGGACCAGUCUUCCAGUAUCUUGCGGCUAUGGGCAACGCAGUGCGAAUUCGUCUUUGCCCAACAACUCCGCAGAAGUCAGCAGAUUCUUACGCAUUAUGCUAAAAUAUGGGAAGAACGAGCGCUGCGUGAAUUACUUCGGCGCGUCCGGGGCCAGGUACAACGACAUGCCAAAGGAUUUUUACUCUCAUCUGCCACCCUUCUCUCGUUCGACUGGGAACGGGAAAGAAUCGAACUGGAAUCGGUACAGGAGCACAUGGAUGACUUUCAGUUUCUUGAGCGUCUGCAACAAGAAACGAUCUACUGCCGGAAAUGCGAAAAACGAAAACAGAUCGACAGCCGGGUGGAGGGUGUUAGUUACUGCUGUUGUCCGAAGAACGUAACGGAAAUGCUAUCCGCCGAGCGGAAUGCUUACACCGUUUGGGAACCGUAUAUCGAGCAGCCACGCAUGAUAACCUGGCGCCAAGAGGUGAAACCAGGCCUGUACGCAUAUAAAGUUUACGUAGAGUACCCGGAUGUAACGGCCGAAGAUUUCUUGCACGUGCAGAUCGACGUGGAAUAUCGCAAAAAGUGGGAUAACACUGCUGUGAACUUGGAGAUCAUUGAUGAAGAUACGUCCAAAGGAUCGCACAGCCACGUCAUUUACUGGGAAGCUUUAUGGCCGAAAUUGUUCGCGAAUCGUGAUUACGUGUACAACCGUCGCUACUUUGUCGAUCGCCAGCGCCGCGUGAUCAUGAUCGUCAACAAGAGCAUCGAACAUCCAAAGUGUCCUGCAAAGCCGCAUACGCAGCGUGUGCACGAGUACUGGAGUUACAUGGUCAUUAAACCGACAACCACCUUCAAUAAACCGGGCGUAUCGUUCGUACUGACUUACUUCGACAAUCCGGGUCUGUCGAUUCCGAAGUACAUAACAACGUGGGUAGCGAAGAAACAGAUGCCCGACUUUCUAAAUCAAUUGCAUCAGGCCACACUGAACUAUGCCAAGGCAAAAAAGCAGAACGAGACGCGCAUAAUUGAGUUCUGGGAUAAGCAUAAGGAUCCUGGAUUCGAGUACCCACCCGACACGCUGCUCGGCUAUAGUGUGGAAGAUUUCAGUGAAGCCCAAAAGGAAGAAGAAUCUAGUCUACAAAAAGUCUAUGCCAAAACGAUGGACAUGAAAGUCUUGAUUGAUAAGGCGACCAUGCCGAAGAGAGAGCUGCAGCGAGAGCUAAUGGUAGAUACUGCCAAACCAAGCGGUGAUACUGUAUGCGAAGACCCCGGAACAUCCAUUGACGACAACAAUACGCCGAAAAAAGCAUCAUGGUGGAGUUAUCUUUAUUCGUAUAUCUAUUUCCUCUGACUCAAAGUGACUGCUACUGUUGCAAUGGUGCUACUACUUGUUUAGGAUAAAAAAAAUUACGAUACCUGUAACAGCUUGAUAAAGUAAAUCAGAGGAUGACCAAGCUGUUACAAUACGGUGAGUAGACACUUCAGCCUAAUAGGAAUAGUAGUUCUACAGUGAUUAAGUACCUCAAGUUCGAUUGUUCAUAUACCCGUUGGAAGCCAGUAUCUAAACAAAUCAAAACAGCUCACUAGGUAGAGUUAAGCGAAUGCAGGAUCAAUGCAACAUUAGAUUUAAACCGUCCCUCAGUUAAAUACCUGUACUCCUGGCUUGGGCAUAUCUGUACGUUUUGUAAGUUGUUUUGUUCAGUGUGUCUUGAAUUGGAUUAUUCCUGGGUUUGAUAAUCAGUUAAGUUUAAUUUUAACACAUAUUUUUGUGGCGCAAAACCAGGAGCGGCGUAGAAUCGUGUAAAUAUGCUGUUUACGGUUAUUGUUAAAAAAAAUUGUAUCAAACACCUCGUACCCUUAACGUUGUUAAGCGUUGCUCUAAGUAAAGUAAAUUCCAACAAUGCCAGGAUUUUAUAUUAUGUUAUGCUAUCC